GGGUCCGUUUUUAGCAGCAAGUAUUUGGAACUGUUCCUGCUGUACAAAUCGCUAAAGGUUCUAUUUACUGGCAUAAUUGUGACAUAGCAAAAUCGGAAGAACCAGACAAUUUGAAUCUCUUUCUGGUGUACGGCAAGCAACCAGCCUACCUCCCCCUUUAUCCGGAACAUGCAGAGGGCGAUGUAAUUGUUCAACUAAUUUCAUCUGUCGAGUUAAAUUUCUUCCUUCAGUAUGGGCUGGGGUAUGUGUGAGUUCAAUAUCAGUUCCAAUGUUCCACGUGCCAUUUCCAGUAAGUUUACACUCAGCAUCAGCAGUAAUAUCCUCUACCUGUAUCAUCAUAGUUAUUGCAGUUAACCUGGCAAUUCUCUUCUGCUUAAUUAAUCGAUGAGGCAAAUCUUUUGCCUCUGUUUCAAAAAGAAAAAAAAGGUUAUUGCAGUGGAUAAUGAGGGGAAAUAUCAGAGUGAAAAUUGUGACUUUAGAAUCUAGAAAUUGUAAUUGUAAUACGAAUUCAAAUAACCUUCAAAACAUCAUGUGUUGAAAAAUAUGAAUUGCAGUAAUUAUGAGUUGUAUUUUCUGGUUAGCUCUGUUCAUUGGUCAUCAUCAUGAAGAAUACGCAAUUGUAUGCUAAAACUAAGUUUGCAUCAUCUGUUGCGUCGAUUCUGUUCUACUUGGGGUCUCCCACAAGCUAUGUGAAAAGUUGGGGUUUGCUUUCUUGUUGAUUUGUGAAGAGAGCAAACUAUGGCUGCAUAAGGGUACCUGUAUGCCAAGGGUCUGGGCAUAGGCGUGGAGUACCUCACCUAUGUCUGGCUCCUAUUGUAUUAUACUACAUGGGGAUGGAGACUUUGGCAGACAAACUGCAGAGGGUGGAUCAUCAUCAUUGCAACGGAGGAGAGCACUGGGAUGAUCCUUCCAAGUUCUCAUGCCAGCAGGGCCGCCACUGUCCAUCAAGAUCAAGUCGUGGUGCUGCUGAAGAAGAACAUGCCAAAGGUCAAUCCGCCGGUUCCUUCUGUCAAUUGCUCCCUGUCUUCAGUUGCUUAUAUCUAUGCCAAUACAUUUUUCUUUUUGAUGAAUGGUGCUAUGUGUGUUUGUUGGUGCCAUUUGUGCUACUUAAUUCCCUUUCUUGUGCUGAAUUUAAUAAAGACUAUGCAAUGGCUGCUUUUGCAUGGAGGCUUUCUGCCAAAGAGUUCUUAGUUGUGUACCAUAUGUAACACUUUUACUGGGUGUUCUGUUCUGAGUAGCUACGUCACUGACAAAGAACAAGCUGAACAUAGCAGCACCACUGCUCAGUAACAUAAUGAAGGUCAGCGGUUGAACUGGGUUUCCAGGUAAGAAUUGUCUGGUCCACAAUGAUGUUCCUGGAGGCGAACCCCUCGCUGCUUUCCAUUUCUUUGUUUGGUUCAGUGUGUGCCGAUACUUCUUCCUCUUGUUCAUUGUGAAUCAAAUAUUGAAUGCCAUAGGUUGCUCUUCCCACAAAUCAAUGAGAAAGAAACACCAAACAAAAAGAAAUAAUUAAACAGUAAAUAGCUGCAAAAAGAAAGAAUUAAACAAUUAUAUUUAGGUUAUCUGGAUGAUUUGGUGCUAUUUCGUGAACCAAAGUUAGCACUGCUUCCUUCUUUGAUAGCAUCCACUGCAACCUUACAAUCCGAUGCAAUGAAGAUCCUGGGUGUAUAUAAAUCGCCAGCAAGUGCUUGGGCCUCCCUUAUGGCCAAAGUCUCGAGCACCUGUAGAAUUGUAGAUAGGUGUAGCCGUGUAGGAUUAAGGUUUCUGGUGGCACCGCUUUGGUGGCAUGGCGGCGCCACAUCAAAAUAAGCGUGCCCUUAUUCUCAAAAGUAAAACAAGCAUACCCUUAAGAUUACUGGAGGCCGUUAACUGUCCCUGGUUUGGUAAAUCAUGCAUCAUGAUGGUAAACAUCUUUGACUGAAGACUAGUUUUUUUUUUCAGACAAAUUUGUUGCAAGCUUGGGAAAAUCCUGACAUGCUCCUUAACGAAUGAUAACUGCCAACUUCACAUAGCUCAAGCAACACAACUUGCCAGAAUAGACUAAUCCCCAUCUACCCAAUAAUGUUGUAAAUCAAGCAUCUCUGACUGAAGAUUGCUAGUUUUGUUUUACCAUAUAACAUUAACUAUCAUAGCUUGCUGUUUUGACACCGAUGAGAACUGCCAUACACAGGCAACCGACACAACUUGCCUGAAUUUAAACUGUAAUUGAAAUGGCUGGACAUGAAAGAAUAGUAUAUGUGUAUGCUCAGCGCUGGAGGGAGGGUCUACACCAUCUCUGCAUUGACUAAUCCCUGUCUAACCAAUAAUAGCCUAGUGCCCCUUAACGUGGUAAUCGGUAGCCAUCACGUGCAUCACCCACCCUUAAAGGAAGCGCUCCUUAUUGUUUACAUUCGAGUCUCUUCAGUCUUGUUAAGCGCUCCUUAUUGUUUACAUUCGAGUCUCUUCGGUCUCGUUAAUUAAUAAUUGUUUAAAGUCAACAGAUCUCUUCAUUUAUAGCAGGGUAUGCCCCUUAAUCUCUCCUACUUGUAUGUUUUCGUUUUGACGCAACACAAGCUUGCGACUGGGUGCUCUCUGAGCAGCAGCUAGCUGGGGCACCUUAAUCUUCUUCCAGGUUAGUGCUCCAUCUCAAUCUUGAUUUGUUGAACACUUUUGGAACCAGUCUUUUAGCCUUACAGUGUAUAUAUAUUCUUUCGAGUUCAUAUGUUUAUGUUUUUAUCUGAAUUUACAUUUUCACGUCGGGAUUCAAAAAGAUGGAUGAAAGACUACUUGUUUUUGCAUUAACAGCUCAUAUAGCCAUUUAUACUGUUUUACAUCCACGAAGAUCUUGAUUUCCUUCUAUAUGUUGCAUAUAUACGUGGACCAGCCAGUACCAUAAUUAGUUAGUGUGCGUGUGUGACAGAGAGGAGAUCAAGGGAGAACUGAUGGAUGUCUCAGGUGCUGUGCAAUGGUGGGAGGAGUGGCAGCUGCGCAUCCUCGUCCUUGGUAGCCUGGUGAUUCAGUACAUCCUCCUCGUUGCUUCCUGCGCGCGUAAGUUUCCCAUCAGAUCCUGGUUUAGACCCGUCAUCUGGCUAGCGUACCUGGGCAGUGAUGCUGUUGCAAUCUAUGCGCUCGCGACCCUCUUCAACCGCCACAGUAAGCCGCAGCAGGAGGAUGGGGAUGGCGGCAGCAGCAUCCUGGAGGUGUUGUGGGCGCCUAUCCUCCUGAUACACCUCGGUGGACAGGACAGCAUCACCGCCUACAACAUCGAGGACAACGAGCUGUGGACGCGGCACAUCCUCACCUCAGUGUCUCAGGUCACUGUGGCUGUCUAUGUCUUCUGCAAAUCAUGGUCAGGUGACGACAAAAGGCUGCUACAAGCGGCAAUAUUGCUCUUCAUUUGUGGUACCCUCAAAUGCAUCGAGAAGCCCUUGGCUCUCAACAGGGCUAGCAUUAACAGCUUGGUAAGCUCCGGCGAGCCUGUUCAGCGGUCAAUAAACACUCAGAAGCUCAAAAUUGAUCCACUUGAAGAUUUUAUUGACAAAGCAACCAGUUCUGCUGAGGAUAAUAGUUAUCUUUUAACACCAGCCAUGCCGGUGGACUUCACUCCUUAUAAGUUAUUUGUGGACCAUGCAUCUCCUUCUGCUGAUGAUCGGAUCAGGAUACUACUGACCUUUUCAGCACUUGAUGACAUCGAUGCGUACUGUAAGAUGCAGCAUUGGCUCUCUCAGACGUUCCAACUGCUCUACACCAAAGAAAAGACGAUCCCCAGCAUUCUCCGGCAUGUGGUCUUUAGCCGCGACACCAAUAUCAGAGAAAUGAAAUCUUCAACCGGUGACACACCUUUUGACCAAGCAGUAGAAGUCCAAGUAUUUUUUGGUACGUGUCUGCGUGGACUAAGUAUGUACCUUUUAUUUCCAGCCGUAGCCCUCUUCCAUCACAGUCACAGAGAAGCUUAUAGUGAAUAUGAUGUGAAGGUUACGUAUGCCGUGCUAUGCUGUACCGCUGCAAUGGAGUUUUUCGGCAUGUGCCUAAAGGAGAUGACAAUGUGCCUAAAGGAGAUGACAAGGGUCAUAUUAAGUCCGGAGCUACCAGCAGCCAGGCUUGAAAAUGGUGAUAUGGUUUCCCAAUGCAACCCUGUAGAGCAUCAUGUCAGCAUGGAACAUUACAACAUGAUAAGGUUAAGAUUUCUAUUUGAUGAUAUGGUUUCUCAGUACAACCUUAUUGGGCUUUUUAUCCGCAACAGGAAGUAUUCCAAGAUGAUGAAGGUCGUGGGAGUCUUGGGAUGCACCAACUCCCUUCAACAACGUUGGUGCAUGAAGUCUUGCUCCUCAUCCUUGAGCAUUACAAAGUUAGUGCUCAAGUAUGUGAAAGGUGGGUGGGAGCAUCACAUAAGAGAUGUUUCCAGUUACAGGAAGUUCAAUGACAACAGGGGCCAGUUUACUGUUGAGCGCCAAGGAUGCUACCAGGAACUGGGAUGGAGCUUAGAGGGUGCAUUCGACGAGAGUGUUCUUCUCUGGCAUCUUGCCACAGAUUUCUGCUACCAUGACAUUGGUGCAUCUCGUUCUUACCAUGGAUCUUGGUGCACGCAAGAUUCAUGUCCUCAUGUUUAUGCAUGCCCUGCUUGGUGCAAAAGAUCUGAUUAUCACGAAGGGGCUGUCUGGUGCAGAGAAAUGUCCAACUACAUGAUGUAUCUGCUGUUUGUGAAUCCUGAGAUGCUAAUGGCAGGCACCAGACGUAAUCUUUUCACAGCCGCUUAUGAGGAACUGGAAGGCAUCGACAUCAAGAUAGACAAGCCACCGGUAGAGGAAAGAGAGGUUACACCUGCAAUGCGAAGAGAACGCCGCCGUAAUAAAGUGUUGUCUGGUCUCCAGAAGGAAACACAGCUUACUCAGAGGAUAAUUGGUGUGUUGGAUAGUGGAGGAUCUCCACCUGCAGAUGGUACCCAACAGAAAAAAGGAAUUAUCCAUGAUGCUUGGACUAUUGCCAAAGUGUUGUGUGGUCUGCCUGAAGAGAAGAUGUGGACUGUUAUCGAAGGUGUGUGGGUGGAGAUGAUGUGCUUCUCUGCUGCUAGAUGCAGAGGAUACCUGCACGCCAAGGGUUUGGCCACAGGCGUGGAGUACCUCACCUAUGUCUGGCUCCUGCAAUACUACAUGGGCAUGGAGACUUUGGCAGACAAACUGCAGAGGGCGGAUCAUCAUCAUCAUCAUCAUCGCAACGGAGGAGAGAACGGGGAUGGUCCUUCAACUUCUCGUGUCAGAAGGGAGGCCACUGGACAAGAGCAAGCUGCUGGUCCAUCAAGAUCAAGUGGUGGCGCCACUGACGAAGAACGUGCUGCCGGUCAAUCCUCCACUCACCAGGGCACUGACGCCACAGGGGAAGAAAUGGUCUAACCUGCAAUGAUAUUUCCAGGCGCCAAUCCGCCACUGUUUCCCAUUGCUCUGUUUGCUUUUAUGUGUGCCAAUACUCUUUUCAUGUUGAUUCACGGUGCCAUGUGUGUUUGUUGAUGCCAUUGUGCUACUUAAUUCCCUUUCUGUUGCUGAAUUCAAUAAAGACCAUGUGAGUUAUGCUUUGACAUGGAGGCUUUUCUGCCA